AUGGUUCUGCCAAACAUUUUCAGCAAAAAUUCCAAAAAGAAAGCCACCGCCGACACCAGCACCACCACCGAGAACACUCCACCUCUCUCUCCCGAGAAGAAGCCUGCGGACAAGCCCUCCAAAGAGCGUGAGAAGACAAGAAGAACAGAUUCCGCCCGCUCGAGCAACAGCUUCUCUCGGUCCUCCAAAUCGAAAGUUGACCCUGACACACACCCUCUGAACCUCCCGCCAGAGGAGCGAAAGCGCCUGUCAGCCUCCACCAUGUCUGCCAUGAGCAGCGACCAGCCUACGUCCAUGGACCUCGAUCGGGAGAACACAAUGUCACCUCCUCCAGCCAGUCCUGCCGCCUCACCACCUUCCGCAGCCCUCCCCCAGACCAAUGGCAUCAAUGGCGAAGCCGACCAAGCUCCCCCACCACCACCGCACCGCACGCCCACAAGUCCGCCGCCGCAACCGCAAAAACUAGCCGUAGACGCUGAGGCAUGCAAAGCGGCCGGCAACAAAUUCUUCAAAGCGAGACAAUUCGACAAGGCUAUUCAAGAGUAUACCAGAGCGAUUGAGGCAGACCCUCAAGCCUCAACGUAUCGCUCGAACCGGGCCGCCGCCUAUAUUUCCGCAGAGCGCUAUCCAGAGGCGCUUGAAGACGCCAAAGAGGCUGACGAGCUCGAACCCAACAGCCCGAAAAUCCUACACAGAUUAGCGAGGAUAUACACUAGCCUGGGCCGGCCACAGGAAGCGCUAGAUGUGUAUGACAGGAUAUCAGAACCGGUGUCGGCCAAGGACAAGGCUCCGGCAGUGAACAUGCUGCACCACAUCCAGCAGGCGGAGGACGCGCUCCAGAGCGGGACGUCUGGGUCCAUGGUCCUGCACGCGCUAGAUCAGGCAGAGCGGGGGCUGGGGAGCAUGGUGGACAGGCCGCGGAAGUGGAAGUUGAUGCGCGGGGAGGCGUACCUCAAGAUGGGCAAUGCGAACGCGCUGGGAGAGGCGCAGAACAUUGCGAUGUCGCUUCUCCGGAAUAACAACCAAGAUCCAGAGGCUCUGGUGCUCAGGGGCAGGGCGCUAUACGCACAAGGGGAGAAUGAGAAGGCAAUACAACACUUCCGACAGGCGCUGGCCUGCGAUCCAGACUUCAAGGACGCGGUCAAGUAUCUGCGGAUGGUGCAAAAGCUAGACCGGAUGAAAGAGGAGGGGAACGCACUGUUCAAAGCCGGCAAGUUUCAGGAGGCCGUGGACAUGUAUUCGCAGGCGCUCGAGGUCGAUCCGAACAACAAGGGCACGAAUUCGAAGAUCCUACAGAACAGAGCACUGUGCCACAUCCGACUAAAGGACUACGCGUCGGCGAUUGCGGAUUGCACUCGCGCACUCGAACUCGAUCCGUCGUACCUCAAGGCGAAGAAGACGAAAGCGAAGGCUAUGGGCGAGUCUGGGGACUGGGAAGGCGCAGUGCGCGAGUACAAAGCUAUCGCCGAGGCCAACCCGUCUGAACCGGGAAUUGCGAAAGAAGUGCGGAACGCGGAGCUUGAACUGAAGAAGAGCAAGCGGAAAGACUACUACAAGAUCCUCGGCGUCGACAAGGAGGCGGACGAUAACCAGAUCAAGAAGGCGUACCGCAAACUCGCCAUCGUCCAUCACCCAGAUAAGAACCCAGAUGACGAGGGUGCGGCGGAGCGGUUCAAGGAUAUUGGAGAGGCGUACGAGACGUUGAGUGAUCCGCAAAAACGUGCUCGCUACGACAGCGGCGAAGACCUCAUCGACCCCGCCGAUGCCUUCGGUGGUGGCUUCGGCGGCGCCCAAGGAAUGAACAUUGAUCCGGCCGUCCUAUUUCAAAUGAUGGGCGGCAUGGGCGGAAUGGGAGGUAUGGGCGGCGGCGGCCCCAGCUUCAGUUUCGGCGGUGCAGGAGGCAGUCCCUUUGGCGGUGGAGGGCAGAGGGGCGGCGCGAGGUUCUCGCAAGGGGGAUUUCAGUUCUAG